AUGCCCGGUGAGAAGCCUUCCAAAUCCGAGGAGUCACGGCCCACUCGCGUUGAGAGCCGUGGCGCAAUUAUCGGUGCUCGGCCCCCCCGCCACGCAUGGGGCGUCGUGCGCCACAGCGCUACCAACAGCGNACUCGCGUUGAGAGCCGUGGCGCAAUUAUCGGUGCUCGGCCCCCCCGCCACGCAUGGGGCGUCGUGCGCCACAGCGCUACCAACAGCGCUACCAACAGCGCCUCCCCGUGAAGCGGAGGGGGAGGAUGAGGCAGCAGUACCAUCGCUGGCUAGAGGACUCUUACGCAANCGUUGA